AAAAUUCCAGUCCUUGCCAUGUAUUCCAGCAGCAUGCGGUAGGUGGCACCCAGAAGCUUACUGGAGGAGAGCAGGCGCCAUUUAAGCAGGAGCAGCCGCUGCAGUUGGCACAUCUCAGAAGUCAGAGAUUGAGGACGGAGCAGGAAGGCCGGGAACCCAGCGGGCGGAGGGUGCAGGUGCGCGGGCGAGCGGGGCCCCGCGGGCGGGAGCUGACGGCAUCGUCACCGAGCAGACCGUGCGUGCACCCCGCCUGCCUCCGGGAGGAGCCGCAGCCGCACAACCAGCGCUGCCCCGUCCUAUGCGAGGCGAGCUCGGCGAAGCUCUGAGCGGAGUUGUGUUCGUCCUCAGGUGCUUCCAGGUUGCUAGCGGGAGCCCUCCAGCAACAUGCCCGAGCAGAGCAAUGAUUACCGGGUGGCUGUGUUCGGGGCAGGUGGCGUUGGCAAGAGCUCCCUGGUCUUGCGGUUUGUGAAAGGCACCUUCCGAGAGAGCUACAUCCCCACUGUGGAAGACACCUACCGGCAGGUGAUCAGUUGCGACAAAAGCAUCUGCACCCUGCAGAUCACAGACACCACAGGCAGCCACCAGUUCCCAGCCAUGCAGCGCCUGUCCAUCUCCAAGGGCCACGCCUUCAUACUGGUCUACUCCAUCACCAGCCGGCAGUCCCUGGAGGAGCUCAAACCCAUCUAUGAACAAAUCUGUGAGAUCAAGGGGGACGUGGAGAGCAUCCCCAUCAUGCUGGUGGGCAACAAAUGUGACGAGAGCCCGAACCGCGAGGUGGAGAGCAGCGAGGCGGAGGCCCUGGCCCGCAAGUGGAAGUGUGCCUUUAUGGAGACCUCGGCCAAGCUCAACCACAACGUGAAGGAGCUCUUCCAGGAGCUGCUCAACCUGGAGAAGCGCAGGACCGUGAGCUUACAGAUCGACGGGAAGAAGAGCAAGCAGCAGAAGAGGAAAGAGAAGCUCAAGGGCAAAUGUGUGGUCAUGUGAAUACCCUUCCCAGGAGCAGCUGCGUGUCCCCAGCCCCACCUCCCCAUCACGUGAACCCACAGUCGUCAGGGUAGCAUGUAAGAUGCCCACGUGUUAAAUGUUGCAUUCUGACCGAGGUGUGCCCUCUGGCCUUAAGAGGGCAUUCCACUCACCACCUAUCAGCACCCCUCUCCAAAAUCAGGGAGCCUGCCAGACAGUUCAAAUGGAAACCACGCUCAGCCUCGUAAGGACCUGAGAGGUGCCAGCCAUUUCUGAGGGUAAUUUGGCACCAGGCGGCAGCACCAGAGCUAGCUCCUGUGGGAGCGUGUGUGCGGAGAGGAGGGCUUCAUCCGCCUGCAGAGAGCGCUGGGAACUCGAGAGGCUGCAGGCACCGCCCCCCAGACCAGGGCCCCCCUGCUUAGAAGCCAAGGACAUCCUUGAGGGUGGGAGGGGAGGUGCAGCAAGAGGUGAGGAGACCAGGCCUAAGUUUCCACUUCUGUGGUUCUUUACCUAAUGAAAAGUAGAAUCACAGCCUCUCCAGCUGAGCCUCCACCUGCUACCCUAAGGGAUGUGCUCUCUUCUCUAGAUCUAACAAGCGAGUACCAUUUUAACCUUAGAGUAUUUAUUUUCACAUAAGGUGCAGAGUUCACUGGAGUGUGCAGCUCUGCGAGAAAUCUUGGGUGUUGAGCGAGGACGCUAUGACAUUACCAGGACACCUCACCGGCCUCGUGUGUUCCUCUUCAAGGCUUUUAGAAAUGUGAAGCUUCUUCCCUCUGACCCAUCAGGGGUAUAACUCCCUCCAGCUCUCAGAUUUUAAAUAAAAGCAAUUAAAGUAGCUAUUUUUCAGUAUUUCUUUUUUUCCCUCCAAGGUAAUUUUCUUCUUUUAAAUAACUGUAUCCAGCUGGGAACAGCCAACAAAGGCCAUUGAAGAACAGAAGCACAUCCAUUUUCUAAAUGACACGAACAUGUAUAUGCCAUACUUUGCACCUUAAGGAAAUACUUUGAAACAGAAGUCCUUCACUGUGUUUUCUCACGAUAUCUGUAACGCCAGUAUAUUCCUGGGAAAUGCGUUCAGAUAAUAGAUGACUGUGCAUGUUUCCUUACAAAUGUCUUGGAAGACUGGCUCAGUGCAGUGUUCACUCUGGAAACAAUGAUCUUUUCCUCCCAGUGAUCGUGUGCACAUCCUUAGUCCUUCAGUCCAUACCUCCGUCACUGUUGAUUCCGCCGGGGUGUCUGAAGACCAGCCCUCAGGCUGCUGGCUGCCCGCAGAGAACUGCCCACUUGGCGGCAUAGCUCUGCCGUCGUCCGGUCUGGAUUUGCUUUGCUUACUGAAAAUUCUGCUGGUGGAGGCUGUGAGUUCUGUCUGUUCCAGCUGACACAGUGUGCUCUGGCCCUGACUGUCCUGUCCGGCGGGGAGCUGUGCCGGCCUGGACAGAGUCGGCAAGUUCAGGACAUUUGCAGGUACCCCGGGGCACCUCCCUUCUGCCACUCCUGGCUGAGGCCUCAGCUAUGGAGUCACUUCUCUUGAUAUUCUAUACCCUUUUCUGGUUAAAAUUUCCUGCUUUUGCUCAUCCGGUCUGCCCUGCCAACACUGGUGUGUGGAUUGUGUGCAGGAGCCCAUGGCUUCAUGGUCUGGCGACAGCCGUGGGCUUUGACAACAAAUGCUGAGGACUCAGAGUGGCUUGGACCCAGAGUACCUCUCCAGACCCCAAGUCCCUCCAGUCCCCCUGGGCGCCCCCCACUAUGGCCUUGUCUGCUCCAUGGGCGGCUCACAGCCCUCACAAUGGGGGACACUCUCUAGAUCAUUCACUUCUUGACUGUCCCUACUUUUCCCCUUCUUCCUAUUCUCAGAGGACACUAUCAAUUUGUAGUUUGGAUGUGGGCUGAGCAGAUGAAGACCCAGGGCUUGAAGGCCAAGAGCAGACUUAGAGCUCUCUGUGGGGCCUUAGCUCCCAGCGAGACUAGCGAGCCUUCUGCCUUGGGCUCCUGAGGUGAGCUCCUCCCUCCCUGCUAAUGCAGGGGUAAUGUGUCAUAAUUUCCUUUAGCUCCCAGCUUGCUGUCUCCAUUUUAAAGCAUUUCAAGCUUCAUCUAUAUGAGGAGCUUGUGAUUCCUGAAAAUCUGAUCUUUUUUCAGAACACCUUUGUUCCUCUGUACUUGUCCAUGAAUUUAUAGGAGGCAAAUGAAGCUUCCAUCAUUGGUCUUUGUUCAGAGAUCAUUUUCCAUGAACUGAACUGAGGGCAUUGGUGAUUGUCUCAAUAGUCUUUUCGGAGGUCCCCAACUGACUCAGGGCUUGAGGAGUUAGUUCCAUCAAAUCUGAUGAUUUUAGCAUUUAUGUGGCCCCUGAAUGGUGACUGUGGCUCUUGAGUCCACACCCUAUGUUGUAUAGCAGCACAGAGGUUUGGACCGAGCCACAGAGAGUUACACAACUCAAAAUAUUGCUUUUAAGAUGGCACUCUGGGAGUAAGCAUGGGGCUCUGUGAGUUCCCUUCUGUCCCGCCAGUCCCUCCAUCCGGUGACAAGCCAUUGGGCGUGCCCUGGGCAUGCAUGCAAUACAGCAAGACCAACACAAGAGCAAUAUUGAAUUGUUCAUUAGAUCUAAAAUUAUAUAUAUAUUAUAUAUAUAAUUUAUCUUCCUGCAUUUUUGAAGUAUAAAGUAGUAACUUGUACAUAUCUGGAAGCUAGUCUAUUUGUUCCACUGUUUGUAACCUUUAAGAAAUGCUCAUUCUUUGUAGAACAAAAUUAUAUUAAAAAUUAAAAAAAAAUGCUCUGUGAUACUUAAUUUCUUUUCUCAAAAUUUUUAAUGUGUUGCUCCUACAUAAGCUCUCUGGAAAUAUCCAUAACUUAACGGGACACAUGUAAACCCUGAAGAGCCAUCCUGGACCCCACUACCCCACAAAGACAGUCUGUGAUAGAGUAUUUACAGAGCAUGACUUUUAUAUUCUGGGAUAUCAAUGUGUAUUUAUAUUUAAGGUGUAAUGUAAUUAUUGUUAUAAUCUCACUACUGUCUGUUCUAUUUUAUUCACUCUCUAGUUACAGAAAUCACCCUUGCAGACAAAUUUUUAGUUGCCAGUGAUGUUCUGAAAAUAAUGAAACACGUUCCAAUAAAGCUUCAGUUCUGAUACCGUCA